AUGCGAAAAUUCGCAAUCGCGUUGCUUUGUGCAAUUCUUUCUUUAAAUUUCUAUGGAGCUUUGGCAGAGAACGAGUCAGUUUGCCAUUUGCAGGAUCCACUCAACCAGUGUGGAGGAUUUUGUCUCAGUGUAUUGACGCCGGUGUUGAACCACAUGACCAUCCCACAGGAUCAAAAAAAUUACAGUGAUGCGAACAAGGCAAAUGAGGUCCUGGUGAGGCAGUACACGAUGGAAAAGCAAGUGGCUGCCUUAGAGGAAAAACAAUCCCACUUUGAGAUCAACCAGCGGAACUUAACGGAGAGACAGGUGGAUUUGGAAGGCAAGCUGACAGCCUUGCAGGAAGCACUUUCGAGAUUGGAAGUCAAAGUUAAGUACCUGGGAUUCCAGCCGAUUGGUUCGAGGUACUUCUACAUUGAGAACUACUCUGAGAAGAGCUGGUCUGCUGCCUCGAAAACUUGUCGCCAGAUGGGAGGACACCUGGCCGACAUUUGGGAUGAAGCGGAACUAACUGCUGUCCAGGGGAAUCUCGAAAAGGACACUCACUACUGGCUGGGAAUCACCGAUCUCAGUCAAAAUAUGGCUUUCACAUCUAUGGCUUCCGGCAAGGAAGCUCCUUUCUUUAAAUGGGCGGCUAACCGUCCCACCAAAUUGGAUAACUACAACUGUGUGUUCCUGUACAAUGGCGAAAUGUACGACUAUCCAUGCAGCUAUAGUUUUAAGUUCAUUUGUCAGACAGAGGAAGGGGAUAACUAA